AUGAUACGGAUGAUCUGGCACGCAGUCGGGUACUCUCGCAUGAAGGACACCAUCGACCUCCUCCUACGCAGCAUCUUUAGAACGCAGGUGCUACGUUUUACGUACUUGAUUUGCGCUAAAUUGGAACGCAACUUCGUCCCGUCGAGAAAGGUUGACAGCAAGACGCGUGUCCCUUCCUCCAUUAGCAUGGCAGACACCGCAGGUCCCAUCCAUGUCGACAAUACAAUGGGUGCGGCGUACAUUGGCGUCAUCGCCGCUGGAAUACUGUAUGGGGUCUCAUUCGUGCAAACCUGGUAUUAUUUCCUCAAGUAUCGACGGGAUGUCUGGUACAUCAAAACGCUUGUAGCCACUGUUUGUGCGUUCGAAACCGUGCAUCAAGCAUUAAUUUCGCACACUGUGUACUACUAUGUGAUUACGAACUAUAACAACCCCAUCCGACUUGAAGACAUGGUGUGGAGCAUCCUCCUCGAAGUGUUGUUCAACGGCUUGAUCAGUUUCAUCGUCCAAGCGUUCCUGCUACUGCGUGUCUGGCGACUGAGCGGAAACAGCAUCCCACUAACAGUGGUCAUAGCAGCGCUAAUUCUUGCGGGCUUCGGGUGCUCUACCGCUUUUACCGCAAAAUCCAUGAAGCUCCAGACAUGGGCCGAGCUCGGGCAGCUCAAGGGGCUCUCAAUAGCAGUUAAUAUCGUGGGCGCGGUCGCCGACAUUCUCAUCGCCGCGGCUUUGUUUUUCCUCUUGCACAGUUCAAGAACAGGCUUCAAGAAGUCCGAUACUAUGAUUAGCAAACUGAUAGCGUUCACUGUCAGUACGGGUCUGCUAACCAGCAUUUGCGCCGUCGCUUCCCUUAUCUCCAUACUCGCAUCUCCCAAUACGCUGAUCUACGUUGCCUUCUACUUCUGUCUGGGACGCCUAUAUAGUAACUCGGUUCUUGCUACCUUGAACGCCCGACAAAUUAUCAGGCGUAUGGGCGAGGAUAGCGAUGAACUUUCCUUUUCACUGCCAGCCAUUUCCAAAUCUGGCCAGGCGAACAUCAAUGCAACGAGGUCGGCGAACAUCUCAAUUAAAAUCGACACGAUUCAUGAGUUCAUCAGAGAUCACCGUCAGACUGCCGCUGAAGGUCUCGCAGAGCCGCAGUCAGCGGUGACAGAAGGAUCGUUUUAA